AUGAAUGAACAUCAAACCGACAAACGUUUGCAUAGCUCUGUCGACCACCGAUUCUUAUCACAAAACAUUGGCUUUCAAAUUGGUGCUAAUUUAUUGUAUGAAGCAAUGCCAAUCAUCAAAGAUGUAUAUGUUGUAGAUAAUAAUUCUGAUCGAAAAAGAUAUUUUUUUGCUUUUUUGACUGGAAUUGUCACCGGAUUUUGCGUGCAUAUGCUAUAUAAUUAUUCUGUAACGAUUUCCUUUUUUCAAGCAAGUGCUAUGAUGAAAUUUGAAAGUGCUGGCAAUGGAGUUAAUAACGAAAAAGCAAAAAUAUUUUGUUGGAUCCCAGUAAACAAGCAGGUAAAUGACUUGGCACAUACAGUGCAAGAAACAUGGGCAAAGCGCUGCGAUAAACAUAUAUUUAUCGGCUCUAAUAAAGAUCCACAACUGCCUGUAAUUGAUGUGAAUGCGACGGAAGGUGAGGAUUUCUUGUGGGGCAAGACAAAAAAUGCAUUGGUACACAUUUACAAUAACUAUCGAAAGGAUUAUGACUGGUUUCUAAAGGGUGAUACAGAUGCUUAUUUUAUUAUUGGCAAUCUAAGAAAUUUUUUGGCGAAAAAAGAUAAAACAGAAGCAGCAAUUUAUGGAUACAAAAUCCAUCAACCACAUCAGUCCUAUGUAAGUGGAGGAGCCGGAUAUGUCUUCACUCGAAAAGCUGUCGAACUUUUUGUCGAAAAAGCAAUGAACUAUCAAAUAUUUAUUUUUAUCAAAUAUUUUUAUUAA